AUGUCGGGGCGCAGUCAGUCGGAAACGGUCAGGGAUAAUGAACAAAGCCGAGAAGAAUGGGACCAUAUUACCGAUCCCUCAGAAAGGCGGAGGGUGCAAAAUCGAGUCAAUCAGAAGCGUUUUCGCGACAAGCAGAAAAAGAAAAAGGAAGAUGAAGUCAGGGCACGCGACAAUCAGGAAAGGGCGGGCGCCGCAUAUACCGUACCGGAUUCCGAAGAUCUCGAGGCUGAUGUUGAUCUACCUGGCCUCCCCUGGGGCGGGGUGUCUCUCAAAUACGUCAUUGAGCAAGGGAAAGCGCGACAAAGUGAAAUGAAAGAAGCGUCCCGCGAAACAUCGGCAAGCUCUGUGCGGUAUACUGGAGGCAGCUGGCGGUAA